CACCGACGCCGACGCGGUUCCUCGCCGUCCGAUCCGCGGACGUCCCGAUACCGACGGCCGCGAUGCGUCGCGGCGCCGGGGCGGCCGCCGGGCGCGCCGCUAUUAAUACCGUCGGCCUCCGGCGACCCAAGCUGGCACUGGUGCAAGCAAAGCAGCUUCCUUUCGUUUCCUAGCGGAGCACUAGUCGAGCGGCGAGCGAGGAGGCGGAGGAUGGGCCGCGGCAGGGGCGUCAGCUACGGCGGCGGGCAGAGCUCGCUGAGCUACCUCUUCGGCGGCGGUGGCGACGAGCCCGCCGCGGCGCCCGCCAAGCCGACCCCCGCGGCGGUGGAGCAGAGGGCGCAGCAACCUGCGGCUGCUGCGGCGGCGCCGACGCCGGCGGCAACCGUAGACGGCGAGAAGCAGAAGGGGAUCCCGGCCGGCGUCCGCGGCAGCCAGACCAACAACUACUUCCGGGCGCAGGGGCAGAACUGCGGCAACUUCCUCACGGACCGUCCGUCGACCAAGGUGCACGCGGCGCCCGGCGGCGGCUCGUCGCUCGGCUACCUGUUCGGCGGCGGGCCUCCCGGCAGCAAGUGAUGUGAUGGCCACCUAAUCCGAGUCCGAGCAGAGCUUCAUCGAGAGCGCCUCCUGCUGGGCAAGCUUGAUUUUAACUAGUUCACCGUAACCUGCUGGAUGUGCCGUGCCGUUAAUUUCCAUGGAGAAAUGUAUGUUCAUGUGUAUUUCUGUGAUUUAGAAAUGUUCAUGUGUAUCUCUAUCUCUGCAAUUUCGUUGGAAUCGGUCUCAUCAGUACCUGUAUGUGUGUGUGUGUGUGAAAAACUGACUUUGUCAUGCUUGUUGUUUGCAUCUGCUCAUCAGAAAGUUCAGAGCAUGUGUUCAUCAGAAGUUCAGAACAUGUGUAAAGUGUUCUUGCAAUACUAAUGGUCUAGAUUCUGUUUACGCUUGAAA